AUGGAUGCCGGGAACGAUGGAGUUGACCUAAUCUCUAUGCUGUCGGAUUUUCUCUUAGUCCUCAUUGUUUCUCGCCUAUCCUUUAAGGAUUGCUUGAAAACAAGCGUUCUUUCCAAACGCUGGAAUCACAUUCAUCGUGAAGGUAGAAACAUUCGCUUUAAUGAGCGUGAGAUCACGCGCACUUAUCCGGCGGAAGAUGAUCUUCAUACGAAAAGGGCUCGGUUCGUUCAGUACAUGGUAGAAUGGGUGUCCCUUUAUGCCGGUGGGAUUAUCGAAAGUUUCGAGCUCACAUUUUCAAAACCUGUUGGUUUCGAAGAAGAAAUGAAGACUCUCAUUGAUUUCGCAGCCAGUAGGAAGGUCCAGAAUCUUGUUCUUGACUUCUCCGACAGGCAGUGGGUUAACAGAGAAGAAGUCGAAGCAACUGAAGCAGCCAACAUGAUUCAAAUUCCGGAGAGCUUUUACAAUCUAACCACCCUCGUGACGUUGAAGCUGCUCGCUUGCCGGUUCGAACCAUCAAAGCUUGCCGGAGCGGCUUCGGUAGUGACCCUUUAUUUUGGCUGGAUGCAACUAACGAUGUUCUCGGCUUUGUUGUUAAAAACACCUCUUCUGGAGAGCCUAAGCAUUAAGCGUUGCUGGAACGUUGGUCUUGAAGCAAUCACCGGGUACAACAGCCGGCUGCUCAGGUUGGUGUUCAAGAACUGUGGCUUUGCGGUACAGUCUUCUACACUUGAGUUGCCAAGUAUUCUGGAGUUUAAGUAUGCUGGAAGAGUCCAUUUCUUUGGAUUGAGUAAUGUGAAUAAGAGUGUGGAUGAGGUCUCUUUGGAUUUUGGUCGAGAGUCAGUUUACCAUGAAGGCCUUGGAAAUCAGCUUCGUGAUCUCCUCUCCAACCUUGCAUCGGCGAAGACAAAAACGAUCUGUCCUUUUCUCAUUCAAGUGAUCCAGAGUGCGUAUCCACUUCGUCUAAAAGCCGAGAUGGAGACUAGGCAAUUGGUGCUCAAGACGAAUCUUGAACCCAUUGAGUUUACAGGAAUCAGUUUCAUGAUCAAAAGCUGUGCUUAUCUUGAGACCUUAACAUUUCAGCUAGUUGUGUCCAUGCCUGUCCAGAUGAUGGUACCUCACGUCGACGCAGAAACCUUUUGGAGUUUUAGCGACGCGCAUGCGUGUAUGAUAAAUACACUUAAAAACAUUGAGAUUUGGAACUUUUGCGGCGGGAGACAUGAAAUGGAGGUUCUCAAAUAUCUGAUUCGGCUCUGUCGUGUGUUGGACCGAGUUGAUAUUUAUCUGCCAAUGGGACUCACUGAGGAUCAAUCGGAUCGUUUUCGUGCAGCAGCCGAAGAGGUGGGCACAACGUUCGAGAGAGGCUCGGAGGAGAUGACCAUCUAUCUGCACUAA